CUCCCCGCCUUUACUGCUCAACAGGCAGCCUACUGGGCCAUCGGAACCGGUACAGACCCUUUUAUGCUAACACUUUUUCUCCCUUUUACGGCGGGAAAGAAAGUUGGUGCGUGUAGGGUUUGGCCUAUGCGCCCCCCCUUCGGACACUCACUCGUUAUCUUGACUCCGGUUCCGGUGGUUCUCGCACCGUCUUUGUGCGUGUAUUGCAUCGCGUAAACAAGGUUUUCAUUGUUGGAUGACGACACCCGCGGGGUUCAAUGGGGACGAGUUAGAUAUCCAAGCGAACCGAGAUGGACGAUGCGAUCGUGCUCCACCCGCACAAGUGUGAAAGCGAGAGAGGCAUCUAAAAGGGGAGGGAAUCCGAUAAACAGAGUGCGUGUGUUUGUGUACUCCCGGUGCUGCUGCUGCUGCUGAUGACGAUGACGAUGAUGAUGAUGAUGACACAGGCCCCCAGUGAAUAGUUCGCCGAAUAAGUGACAACCUGGUCCGUGACAAUAAUAGAGACCACACCGCGCGGCAGUAAAGGGCAACCAAAAUAGAGGCCGCCGUUUGGAGAGAGGAAAACGGUUGCUCUUCUGUUCUGUUCUGAUCUGGUAGUAGCUGAUCGAGUAGGGUGUUCUAGUGGAGUGGUCCGAACGCAAGAAGACGAGGCUAGUUCUUCCGGAAUAUUUCCAACCACUAGGAGCAACAGGUGGGCUUCGGUGGAAAUGGCUUUCUUCUUUAACUUUGUCGCGAUCAGCUUCUUCGUGUAUCAUCUGGUCCGGUUGAUACUGUGGGCAGUGCUCGAUUCGGACAUUGAACUCUUUGUGCUCUCCAAAUUGGGCAAACCGAUCUCUUCGCUGCGUGGUAAGGUAGUAUGGAUUACGGGAGCAUCGAGCGGAAUAGGGCGUGAUCUGGCGAUCGCCCUCGCCAAGCACGGUGUCAAAUUGUGCAUUUCCGCACGUAACAUCUCGGAGCUACUGAAGGUGAAGCAAAGCUGUCUCGCUGCAUCGAAUGGCGGCCUCGGACCGAACGAUGUUUACGUGCUGGAGAUGGAUAUGCUGCACGUGAAUCACCAUAACGAUUACUUCAACAUGGUGAUUGACCACUUCAAGACGGUGGACGUGUUGGUGAACAAUGCCGGUAGAUCGCAGCGGGCCGAGUGGGGCUCCAUCAACGUCAAAGUUGACCGGGAACUGUUCGAGCUGGAUGUGUUUGCGGUGGUAAACCUGUCGCGUGUGGCCCUUAACUUUUUCGUGCGCAACUCGCUCAAGGGUCACCUGGUGGUGACGAGCAGUACGGCGGGGCUGAUCGGAGCACCGAACUCGGGCAGUUAUACCGGUGCCAAGCAUGCACUACAUGGAUACUUUGAGGCUCUAAGGAACGAAUCGCCAAAUGUGAACGUUACCAUGUUUUGCCCGGGACCGACGGCUACCAACUUCCUGCAGGAAUGCUUUACCGAAACACCGGGCACGAAGUACAACCAACGUGUACAACCGACCGAUCGGCGCAUGACCAGCGAACGGUGUGGUCACCUAUAUGCGCUGGCCAUCGCCAACAAGACGCACCUCAGCUGGGUCGGUACGUUCCCGAUCAACUUCCUGCUCUACAUCGGAUGCUACUAUCCGAACCUGAAACGAGUCUUGAUGAAGAUGGUCGGCAUGGAGCGUCUGCAGCGGGUUCGCGACAGUCGGUAAAUUGGCGUUAACAGAGCUGGGCACGCCCUGCGACGUACUCCACAUUCCAUAGGCAGCAGCAGGGCCCGCAUCACACCUCUCUUCCAUCGACUUGUUGGUCGCGCGCACAACAUUCGGCGUUCGUUAGCUUUGUUCACGCACCAUCAGAUUAGUCACAUUAUCACUUCGUUUCCCGCUUUGCUUCUCUUACAAGAAGAUAGCACCGUCGCGUAGGCACACUGUUACUGUUUCCAGAAAUGUUCUCUAUGGAAGAACGAGUAGUACGUGAUUUGUUUAUCACCGAGAUAUUGUUUUUUUUUUGCUUCUCUUGUUUGUGUUUUCCAUUAUAUUUUGCAUUUGGAGCGGCGUACUUUAACAUAUACCGCUGAGGUGCGGCUCAGCGAGCGACAUUAUGAUGCUUUUAGUGAAAUGUAUUUAAUAAAUUAACGUUCUUGUUCACAUACUUUAACCAGUUGUUGAUAGUCAAAAAGAAAAGAAUGAGAAUUUGGCUAUAAGUUAAACUGCUAGAUUAUUGCUGUAUAAGUAUUGAGCCUGCAAAUUGCAAUUGAGCCUGUAAAUUGUUAAUGUAAUUAAAAAAAUGGUACACCAAACACGUUAACAUGAUCCAUUUAUGUCGUAGUGGCAAUACUGCGUGAAGAAGAUUUAUAUCAUGCCGGGUGGCACUAAGAUCUUAAUCGCAGUAACGAUGGAGAAAGAGAACCGUUCUAUUGUCAAUCAUGCUUCAAUAAAUAGUUGCCAGCAAUCUA